AUGCUCGACUGCCAGCUCGAGAACGAGGGCAACCCCGACGCCCGCCGCAACAGGGAGCGCAUGCGCAUAAAGGGCUUCCGCGAGCACAUGGAGAUCCAGCGCGUAAAGCAGCUCGACAAGCAGGGACCCGACAGCUGGUUCGUCCGCAAGUUCGCCGUCGGCAUCGUCGCCGCCGUCUUUGCCUACUCGUACUACGUCUACGUCGUCCGCCUGUGCAUCCCGAUGGUCCGCAUGGACGACUCGCGCCUCGGGGCGAGGGCUCAAGGUCUCGCCUAUCUCGUCAUCUACCACUUCCUCUUUGUCAUGUUCGUCUGGUCCUACGUCGUCGCCGUCUACACCCAGCCGGGUUACGCGCGAGAUUUUGUCCCCAAGACCGGCCCGCCUCAAGCCGAAGAGCGCUACAUCGACGUCGUCGCCGGUCAGCCGUUCGAGCAGCAGCAGUCGGAGGACCGCACCUUCCACCACGCUCGGCGAGGGCGGCGCGAGUCGGUUGAGGGGGACAGUGCGGCGGGCAUGGACGAGCGCGAGAGCGUGCAGGAGGGGACCGAGACGGACACGAUUGAGAUGCGCGAGCGCAGGCGGCGCUCGCUCGCGCCGAGCGCCGCCGACGAGGAGGACCGGCUCGCCCAGGAGGACGGCGGCACGGCGGCGCUCGGGCCCGACAUCGCGUCGGCCAUCCUCCAGGGCACACGGCCGCCCUCCCUCAACGCCGCCGUGCCGCCUCUCGACCAGGACGAGCGUGACCGCUGCCAGUCGACCGCCUCCACGACGCUCGGCCCGUCCUCGGACCGCUCGGCCCUCGCCUCCCCGCCCAAGGCGCACCUCCGCGCCCGCACCCCUACCCGUCCCGAAUCUUCGCCCGACGGCGCUCUACCUCGACCCUCUCGCUCGUCCGGCGCGCCCUCGUACCUCGCCUUUCCCGAGCCGCCCGACGACUACGAGCCGCCCAAGCGUUUGCCCGUCGAGCGCAUCCCGCGCAACGCGCCCGUCUUGACCGAGCAGUACCGGUACGACGCGCGAGAGGGCCUCGUCCGGCCGUACCGCAGCCACCGGUGCAGGCACUGUGCGGCCGUCGUCCUCAAGAUGGACCAUCACUGCCCUUGGGUCGGCACCUGCGUCGGCGCGCACAACUACAAGUACUUCUACAACUUCCUCCAGUACUCGUCAACUUACACCCUCUUUGUGUGGCUCACGCUCGUCAUCGCGCAAACCCUCCCGCUCGGCACCUUCUCGCCCUCGACCGGCCGGCCGUACCCGGGCGUCGACGGGCAGCAGGUCGCCAUCAUCGCGCUCGCGUUCCUCUUCUGGCUCUUCACGUUCGCCCUCUUUGCCGCACACACUCGCCUCGUCCUGCGCAACAUGACGACGAUCGAGGAGAUCGGCAUGAACCGCACCAAGCAGCGCGAGCGGGCGGCGCUCAACCAGCACUACGGCUUCUGGCAGUUCAGGGCAAAGAGGGCCAACCGGCGCGAGUGGGACAAGCAGUGGGGGAACAUCGCGACCGAGGGCAACCUGUGGUGGCUCGGGUCCAAGCGCGCCAACUGGGAGAUGGUCAUGGGGAUGCACAAGCUCGGGUGGUUCUUGCCCAUCUCGGCGAAGCCUCGCGGCGACGAUGGGCUGAGCUACGUGCCCAACCCGCGAUUCAGCGACAAGGGCGAGUGGAGGAUGCGGCGCGAGUGGCCCAAGGAGUUGCAGUGAGCGGGUCGUUGCAGCUCUCCCUAUCCUCACAGAGACUCUCGCCUUCCUUUUUGUUGUCCUUCUACUCGCACCUGCAACACAUCCUGCUGCUUCGCAA